CCGGAGGCGAAGCUGGAGGCGGCGCUCGCGGAGAUGAAGGCGCAGGCGCAGAAGGCCGACCCGGAGGCGAAGCUGGCGGCGGCGCUCGCGGAGAUGAGGGCGCGGGCGCCCCGGGCGCCGGAGGCGUGGCGCCUGCAGGAUGCGGCCGAGGCCAAGGCCAGGGCCCAGGAGAGAGCCAGGGAGGCAGCACAGGCGAAGGCGGAGGCCGAGGCCAAGGCCAAGGCCGAGGCCGAGGAGAAAGCCAGGGCCGAGGCCGCGGAGAGCGCAGAGGCGGAAGCCCAGGCGAAGGCCGAGGCCGAGGCAAAGGCCAAGGCGGAGGCGAAGGCGAGGGCGGAGGCCGAGGCGGCCGCCGCCGCCGAGCGCGCGGCGCAGGCGCGCGAGCGUCGCGGGGGCAGCGGCAGCCGCUCGCGCAGCGGGAGCCGUUCGCGCAGCCGCGCCCAGGGCGAGGCGCGGAAGGGCGAGGAUGCCAAACCACGAAGAAAGCCACCACGAAGCAGCUCGAGCAGUACAAGCACCAGUUUGAGGAAGCGUUCUGGAAAGGUUAGCGAGAAGCGUCUUUCCAUGCAGAAGGGUGUAGAGUUCCGAAAGAAGUCGCGCAGAAGUAGCUCCAGCACUUCGGGUACCACAAAGAGUCAGAAGAAGGCAGGAGUGGGUGCUGUUCAGCAGAAGGGAAGAAGCACGUCAAGCAGUGCCACAAAGGGCGGCAAGAGCAAACGAAAGAGGCACGCACGCUCCAGUGGUUCGUCCGCCCCGCCGGCGCGGAAGGUGCGCAAGAGCGCCGCUGCCCGAGAGCAGGCGGCAGCGGCCACCGCGGCCGCCGUCGAGGCGGCACUGGAGGCGGCUGUCUCGGCGCAGCCGCUGCCGGCGAAGAAGAAGAGCAAGAAGAAAAAGAAGGGGGCGCACGCGCAGGCAGGGCGGCGCCCGCCGGGCUCGGCGGAGGACGUCAGGAGCGCGGCCGCCGCCGCGGCAGAGGCUGCCAUGGAGGCGGCACUGGCGGGCACUGCGCCGGGCACAGAGCCCCUGCAGCCCGACGAGGCACCCACCGCCUCCGCCAGCGCCAGCCCCAGCCCCCGGCGGCCCGAGGCCUGCCCGAGGCCUCGCGCGGCGGCGGCAGCGGCGGCGGCUCCGCCCGACGCCGCUGCCGCGCCCGCCGGCGACGCCAGCGCGGCGGCGGCCACGGGAGCCGCUCAGCCGGGCGCGCUGGCGCCCCCCCCGCCGCCGCCGCCGCCACCGCCACCGCCGCCGCCAGCGAGAGCCCCCGCGCCCGCCGCGGGCGCCGCCAAGGCCCCGGGCGCCGCCGCCGCAGCGCCGAGCGCCCCUCCGGGCGGCCAGGGGGGCAGCCGCCUGGGCGGCGCUGGUGCCGCGGGGAGCGCCGCUGCGCCGCAGCCCGCCUCGGAGGGUCCCGUGGCCACGGUGGCGGCCGCGGCGGCAGCCGCGGCUCCUCCAGACUCGACGAGGGACAGUCGACUGGACAGCCUGGGGGCGGUGGAGGCCGCACACCGUGCGCACGUGGGCAAGGUCGCCAAGAAGGAGAAGAAGCUGAAGACAGCGGACACGGAGAAGAAGAAAGGUAAGCCCAGCGAGUCGGGCCGCGUGAAGCAGGGUCUUCCUCCGCUGAUUGCAGCACUAGAGGACGCAGCAUCGCUGGACACCCUCUCUGACGUCCUCCAGAAGAGCAGCAGCUCCAACGGGGAUGCAGACAUCGCUGCUGCUGCGGCGGUAUUGCGGCGCUUGCCCCUGCUGCUAGCCUCAGCAGCUGUGCCUACCAGCAUCAGCCAGGAGGCGUUGGACAAGCGCUUGGACGCGGGAGAGGCGAUCCAGGCCCUGGCGCUGCCCUCGAAGUGGCAGCAGAAUGGCGCCGCCCCGGCUUGCAAGGACGCGGCUGAUGCAGCGGGGCCUCAGGCCUUCCUGUGGGCGCACGAGCGGGUGGAGGAGGUGCUAGAUGCCGCAGACGCUCGUGCCAAAGCGCCCUUGUCGUGGCUGGCAGAGGUGGCGCGCUUCUACGGUACCAUGCGGCCCGGGCCGCCCCUGCCCAAGCACGUGGUGGAGGACUGCGCGGACGAGGCGCUGCGGAGGCUGGAGGCAGGCGAGGCCCACGCUCAGGGCGAGAACCUGGCGCUCAUGUGCCGGCUCGCGCGAGGCCUAGCCACCAGCGGGGUGCUGAUGAGGCACGGGGUCUUCCGCGCGCUGGCCGAGCGCGUCACGGAGGCCAUGCGCGCGUGCGCCGACUCGUCGGAUGAGCCCAGGCCCUGCUGGAGCUCGCUGCACGACUGCGCUCUGGCGCUCGCGCUGGUGCGCCCGUGGGGCCCCGACCUGGCCCCGAGCGCGGGGUCGCUGCUGGGAGCGCUCCCGCUGUCCAUGCCGCUGCCGCCAGUCGUGUCGGGCGAGGCCGAGUGCUCACCAGCGAUGGCGUUCGAGACGAUGGCUGGCCAGCGCAUGGGCGAGGCAAAGGAGAACCAAGAUGCUUGCUUCGCCAAGGCGUCGGGGGAUUUGGCGGUACUGGCCAUCGUCGACGGGCACGGCAAGCACGGCGCAGCACUCGCUCACGCUGCCUUGUCCACGCUUGAGAGGGUGCUGUUCUGCGCACCCUCAGGGCCUGGCGCGGAGCAGGCGUUCGCGGACGCGAUGCUGGCCACAGACGCCGCCCUCAUGCUCAACACCGGUUUUGACGUCGAGCUGACUGGAGCCUCCAGUGCCUGCGUUCGGGUCGAGGGCAUCCGCGCCGCUGCGGGAGGCCGCCGCCUUGUGGUCGCUCACCUGGGAGAUUGCCGCGCACUGCUCGGCCGACGCGAGGAGACUCCUGCAGGCGCGGCCUGGCGGACGGUGCGGCUCACGGAGGAUCACAGGCCCGGCGACGCGGUCGAGGCCAGGCGUCUCGUGGCCGCCGGAGGCCGCGUGAGGCGCGUGAAGCCGCCGGGCAGCAAGCCCACGGACACGUUCCUGGGGCCGCCGCGGCUGUGGCACCGCGCAACUGGCCUGGCGCCCGGGCUCGCGAUGAGCCGCGGCCUCGGCGACGUGCUCGGCAAGGGCUGCGGGCUCUCGCCGCAGGCGUGCGUCCGGGAGGUGCCCGUCGGGCCCGAGGACGCCGUGCUGGUGGUCGGUUCGGAUGGCGUGUUCGACGUCUGCUCGGACGCAAUCGUCAUGCACUGCUGCCGCACGUUCUGGGCCGACCGGGAUGCCGCCAGCGCGGCGUCGGCGAUCGUGGACUCGGCGAAGCGGGCCUGGGCUUCGCGGGGUCCCAGCUACCGGGACGACGUCACUUGCGCUGUGAUGUUCUUCAAUGAGGAGCUCGAGUUCAUCGCGCACAUGGGUUCGGCGCUGCGGUUGUCCAGUGAGAAGUGUCUUUCCCACCAGGCCGACUUGGACCUGUCAUUCUGCGUCGCCUGCAGCCUGUCCUUCGAAGUGGGCCCCCGUGGACGAGGCGGCGGGGACAAGGACGCGGAAGGCCUCGUGGGCCUCUCGGGCAGCUGGGACGCCGUCUGGAUCGACCCGAAGGCGGCCCGCAGCGCCCUGCCAAUGUCGGCCGCGCCGCCCCUGCCGCCCCCGUGGGGCGGCCGCCUCGGCCGGCCUGCCGCACAGUUCAAGCUGGACCUCGAGGUGCUCACUAAGGAGGUCACCUACGCGGCGUUGGAGGUGGAACCAGACUACGUGCCAGCGAACACCCCCAGAGGCUACCUUGUGGACGACGGCGAGUUGUAUUACGUUCAGGGCUACGAGGCAGAAUUUCGCAUUCCCGUCGACCACGCCGACGAUUUCGAAGUCAGGUAUGAAUUCCACUUGGGACCACCUUCCAACGGAAACCCGAAGUGGCCACACAUGUGCAACCUAGUGUGGCACGCACCAGCAGACGUGGAGGUCGAAGACGGGGCCACGACAGCGACAACAGUGCCGAACAGGACGCGGCACACCGACGCCGUGACGGUGAGGCCCCGACAGCCCCAUCAAGCAACAUAUUGGAUCGAGCCCGGCGAGAUCAUCGACCUCGGAUGCACCGAGGCACAAACACAGGACGCCGACAAUCCGAUGUCUCAUGUCGAGUACAACGCCCUCGGGGCCAGGCACAAUAUUUUCGUGGUCCAUCUUAACGAGCACUUCAGUGUCUUCACUGACGACCACGAGGUGCUACUGGAUUUGACGGGCUUUGUACCGCGUGAGGGCCAUCGACAUCAUACUCUACUCACUGGCAGGUGCGUAGGUAGCAAGACGCGGAAGAUCACGACCACCAAGACGCGAUUUCACCUCAACGCCAACCCAGAGCAGACGCGGUCGGUCCAUGUGGACAUCUCCGCGAUUGACGAGCAGAUGGCAAAGUACAAUCAGCAGGACGGGCACUGCAAGCACAACAUCAACGCGAUCAAGACCACCAUCACCGGCAUGAGCCUUGAGCAACUUGAGCAAUUCGUGUUGUACUUGGUUGAGACCCGGCAAACCAAAACCUACGUCGAACAUAUCAUGAAUAACCAGGCCGACGACAUGAAGGAGGGCGUCUUGUCCCAGCUGGCCGACGGCAGGAACCUAAGCAUCGGGGGAGAGCGACCAGGCCAAGCCGCCAUGCACCAACGGGCGGCCCUUUCCAAGCCACAGCCGGAGCCCAUCCCACCGAUUCGCGACGGGGCUCGACCAGCCAGCAGCACGGCAGCCAUCUCUUCAGACGAGGCGCCCUGCAAGCCAUCGCCAGCAAAGGAAGCUGCUGGACCACAAACCCUAGCAGGCAUGGCUACGGUCUACGAAGGGGCGCCGACACCUGUCGAGGAGCCGCACAUUGGCAUCCGCGCAGGCUUAUCCGCCAUUGAGCUCCAGCGCGACGUCAUUGGGCGCUUGGUCAACACCAUCAGCAGUACCGUAGCGCCCGCCAUGACCGCACCACUAUUCACUAUGCAUGUCCACAAGCUGGUCAAGGAGGCCAUCAAGAAGAUCAGCGACCUUGAGGGGACCUACGACUGGACGACCAACCCAUGCGCGAACGACCGCACAGGGUACGACCAGGUGAAGACCUACUUCUCCAGAUCGCUGGACAACUACAUGGGAGAGGUUGCCAACCCACCUGCCCGCGCCCUCGGGGGCCUCGACAUCAUCACCUCGUACCCAGUGGCCAACGACCGCGCGGACCUGCCAAACCCGUACUACUCAAAGAUGGAGCGCGGGGACAUGUUCACCUACAUCAAGCUAGGGCGGCAGGGCCGUGUCAGGCAAAGCGCAGAUUCCGGCAGGUACCUAGGAGAUGCUGCGUCUGAUGCCCCCGACACAGAAGACAAUGCACCAGAAUUUCCCGACGCGGCGGACUACGACCAGCGAUUGCAAGAUGUCCUCGAGUCGAUCAACGCCUUUAUCGACAAGUGUAGUCUGGCGGAAGACGUCGAGAACGUGCAAAAGGCGAUGGACUACCUGUACAUCUCCGAGAAGUCAAUCAAGCGCCUCGUGGACCAGCUGGGCCAGUCUGUGGAAGGCAUGGGCGAAUGGCGUGAGCAGCAAUAUCAGGACAUCCGGAACAAAUUCUCUCAGAUUUUGAUGAAAACAUUGGAAAUUUCCCCCGAGUUCAACCAUUGCAUAAACAAGAAGAGGGCUGCGGCCAGCAUCAUGAUGCUCAUUCACGAAGAUUUGCAAGCCAUCGACAAUCCAACGGAGGCUACAGUCCCAGAGAGUCUGCGAGAUUACCGAAGGCAGGCAUAUGAAAGCAUGAGAAAAGGGACGCAGAUGGACACAAACAAGCUUGGGAGUCUUGGGCAGAUGCACAAAGACUUGAUCAACAUGAUCUCGGAAGAAAUCAAAGAGCUUGACGCCCAGAUCAAAAGGACAGGCAGCGAGCGGACAGGCGAGGGAUGGCGCAGGAAACAGCUGCAGAAUUUGUUGCGUGUGCUCAGGGUGAUCGCUUUCGUGACACUUGCGGGGACCGGCGUGGGACUAAUAAAGCCCAGUGUGAGAGCAGUGGCAGCAGGAUUUACCGUAUAUGCGGCUGUCGAUGUGAAGAUAAAAAAGGCAUUGAAAGAAAAAGAUUGCAAAGUUCAGGAGGCAAGUCUGAAAUGUGAGCGCAUGCUCGAACGCAACCAGCGCUACAAGGAGGCAGCCUCGGGCUUGCAGCGAGGCCAUGCUGCCACGGUAAACCUGAACCACCUUCUGGGCAUGAUCGGCGAUGACCUCGAGGGGUUCUGCCUGCACAGAGCGGCGUGGCCGUUGCUCAAGGAGCCUCGCGUCCCCGUGCUUGUCAAGGAGUACCUGAAGAAGCUGGACGAGUUCAGCAGCAAGAACAACGAGUUCGCGAAGCUGACGCGGGACAUCUGGGCGGAGUGGAUGCGGAUACCCAGCGGCCGCCGUCCCGACGUUCCAGCAGCGGAGCCGGGGAGCAUGGCACGAGUGGCGUCGACGGAGGCAGGGGACCCGUCCGCAACGCCGCAAGACACUGCAGGGGCACUCGGUGCGCCAGCACUGCCGGUGGGCGUGGCAGGCAGCGAGCCUGAGGCGCCGCUGGGCACCGAAGGCACGCCCGCGCCGCGGAUCAGUCUGGUGGGCGAUGAGGCCGCAGCAGUCGCGCUGCGUGAUGCGGGCGCGCUUGGGCAGCCCCUGGCUCCAGAGGGCGACGAGCCCGUGGCGCCCGCGGAGGACAGCGGCACGCCCGAGGCGCCGCCGGAGGAUCCGGUGGGCGACCUCUCCACGGUGCAGUCCGAGGGGGGCGAGGACUCCGAGGUGCCCUCGGAGUACGCAGGCACAUUGGACGGCUACGAGGUGGUCGAGGACGGGGCGUCGGACCGGCUCGCUGCGGGGGCUGGCGUCGCCGAACACAUUCGGGCGGCUCAAGGGGUGAGGCCAGAGCCAGGAUAGCUCCCCUCCCUCUUCCCCCCACCCUCCCUUUCCCCCUGUAUUCUCUCCUUCGUUUCUCGUGAACCGUUCCGCACGUACGGGAAGCCGCCAGGGAGCCCUGCGAUAUCCCACAGCCGCCAGUGGAGCAGUUCACCCGUGCCGACGCCCGCCAGACCCGCCUUGCCCGGGCAAUGGGUGGCGAUGCGCAGCUCAUGGGUCGACGGCGCCACGCUCGGCCCUGCAUCGGGCCCGGCCGCGGCAGCGACGUCGUCGCCACCAGCGUGUGCAGAGAUCGCAGGUGUCGUACUCCCCCCUUGUCCUCGCAGCGCCAGAGCCGCCUCCGUCCGCAGGAAGGUCCCAAUCUUUAUCAGGAAGGCCGCCAGUGCCGUCGCCCUGGGAGUUUGACCAUUGGCCGGAUGGUGACCUCCGGUGCCAAUCACGCCUGGACGUCUUUCAUCAAUAUUGCCCUCUCAUGUCGUCUGGACUGGCCGCUUGCCAACUGUGCAAGCAUGCCAAGUGUGCAAGCAUACAAGCAUGCCCCCGCCUCCCCUGGCCAUCCACGUGUUUCCACAUCCCCACCACUUCCGUUUCCCUUUCCCCGUCACUCUCCCCAUUCUCCCUUGGUUGUCGAGUUGGUUACGGUUGAUCUAUACGUCCCGCUUGCUCGUCCUGCAGAUGUCGGUCGUGAAGCGCACGCGUGCCAAUGCUUCCGUGUCGAGUUCGACCUCCAGACGGAGAGCGAAUCGUGAGCUCGGGGUUGUCCAGGCCAGGCUCAGGCCAUGGCCGGUGGCGUCCACGGGCCUGCACGCGUUCUGCCGAGGCGUCUUCCUGGAACGACUGCGGCUUCAGCUCGACCGGGUGGUGCUGAUUCCACGCUUCGUCGGAUAAACAUGAGGAUGCGAAUACUGCGCCAAGCUUUGAUUCCGCGCCGAAUGUGGACUUGCAUGCGCAGGCAGCCCAGCACCGAACGCUGUUCUUGC